AUGAUUAAUGAUGGAGUUGAUGAGUAUGGUGAAGGUGGUGGCGGCAGUGGUGGCGGUGGUGUAGAUAGUGGUGGUGGUGGUGUUGUAGGUGGUGGAUGUAACGGUGGUGGUGAAUGUGGUGGAUGUGGCAGUGGUGGUGAAUGGGGUGGUGGUAUAGGAGGUUGUGGUGGUGGUGUAUGUGGUGGUUGUGAUGGUGGAUGUGGUGGUGGUGGUGGUAGAUAUGGUGGUGGUAAAUGUGGUGGUGUUGGUGGUGGAUGUGGUGGUGGUGAAUGUGGUGGUGGUGAAUGUGGUUUGCUUUCGUAA